AUGCUGCGGCCCAUACUACGCCGCUGCGGCGGCAGCACCACCACCACAGGAGCACACGUACCAACCCGGACCUACGCCUCCCACGCCCCCAAAGCGCGCCUGAACCUCCCAACCGACUACGGCAAAACGCCACUGCUACACCACACCUCCAAAUCCGCCCUGGCCAACCCGGAACUCCCCUCCGCCGCCCGCAACGGCAACACCACCCGCCUCAACCUCUUCCAAUCCAUCAACCAAACCAUGGCGCACGCCCUCCGGACAGACCCCAGCGUAAUCCUCUUCGGCGAGGACGUAGCCUUCGGCGGCGUCUUCCGCUGCUCGAUGAACUUGCAGACCGAGUUCGGCGACGACCGGGUCUUCAACACGCCGCUCUCCGAGCAAGGGAUCGUUGGGUUCGCGGUGGGCGCGGCGUUGGAAGGGCUGAAGCCGCUGGCGGAGAUCCAGUUCGCCGAUUAUGUGUUUCCGGCUUUCGAUCAGAUUGUUAACGAAGCGGCGAAGAUUCGCUACCGCUAUGGUGAGAAUGCUGACGAGCAUAAUUGUGGGGGCAUGGUGAUUCGGAUGCCGACGGGUGGCGUGGGGCAUGGGGCGUUGUAUCACACGCAGUCGCCGGAGUCGUUGUUCUCGCAUGUGCCUGGACUGCGGGUUGUUUCGCCUCGCUCGCCGUCGCAGGCGAAGGGGCUGCUGCUGGCGUCGCUGGAGUGUCCGGAUCCGGUUAUCUUUCUGGAGCCGAAGAUUUUGUAUCGGGCGGCUGUUGAGCAUGUUCCUGCGGAGCCGUAUACGCUUCCGCUUAGCAAGGCGGAGGUGCUGAAGGAAGGAAAGGACAUUACGAUUGUUUCUUAUGGCACGCCGCUGUAUACGUGCCAGAAUGCUCUGACUGCGGCAGAGAACGACUUUGGGUGUUCUAUCGAGCUCAUCGAUAUGCGGACGAUCUUCCCUUGGGACAGGCCUGCUGUUCUGGAUUCAGUACGGAAGACGGGUCGAUGCAUCGUUGUGCACGAGAGUAUGGUGAAUGCGGGUGUGGGAGCAGAAGUGGCUUCUACGGUGCAGGAGCACUGCUUUUUACGGCUGGAGGCACCAGUCCAACGAGUUGCUGGACUGACAAGUCAUACUGGGUUGGUGUAUGAGCGGUUCAAUAUUCCGGAUGUUGUGAGGAUUUACGAUUCCAUAAAACACGUAUUAGAGUACUGA